AUGACUAAACAGAUCAAUUGCAGAGGGGAAACGCCGCUAAUGAUUGCUGUGGGAACGAAUCGCUCCCAUGAUUUCGUCAAACAGUUGGUGGAUCUUAUCGUUGCUGUUGGUGAUGCAGAUAAGCUGUUUUUGGAGAGUGACCUCGGAGACAACCCGCUCCAUCGUGCUGCUAAGAUUGGGAAUACGACGGAUGCUAGGGUUUUGGUGGAGCUGAACCAGGGUAAGACUCUAGUUCCGAACAAGGAUGGUCAUACGCCGUUGAAUUUGGCUGCAUUCCAUGGAAACAAGCGCACACUUCGAUACUUGCUGACGGUAACUAUGGACCAGGUCUUCGAGGAGGAAGGGAGUAGUCCGUACACCGGGGUUGCUGGCGGCGAUCUCAUUGCCCUCACAAUUCAGUCUGGAUUCCUUGACGUAGCGUUAGAAAUAAUCGCUCGACAUCCGAACAUUGCGCUAGAAAAAGAUGGACGCGAAAGAACAGCACUGGAAGUAUUAGCUCCAUCAAUCAAGGAUAUCUAUGAUAUCAAAGUAAAACAUCAUCAAAGCAAGCUACUAACGAAACAUAUGUGCGAAAAAGUCAUAGAAAAAGGCGACCAUGAUAUAACUUGGAAGAUUUUAGGAUCUUCGACAUAUACAGCAGUCCAACACGGAACUGUGGAGGUCAUCGAAGAGUGUGUUUCAACUUAUCCCGACAUAAUUUGGUACACCGGCAGUAAUGAAGGGUUUCACUUGUCUCUAGAAGCCAUUACGCAACGCCAAGAACAAGUGUACGAGAUUUUAUCGCAAUCAUCUGUCCACAAGGUAUCCCAAGCAACGUUGAUCGACAAAGAAACACGCGAGAACUCGUUACAUAAGGCUGCAAAGUUGGCCCCACCUCAUCGACUUAACAUUGUCACCGGUGCAGCCUUGCAAAUGCAGCGAGAGCUUCAAUGGUUCAAGGAAGUCGAGAAUUUUAUAGAUCCAUUGCGUAAAAAAGCUUCGAACAAAGACGGGAAAUCCCCAAAAACUCUUUUCAUCGAAGAACAUAAGGACUUACUUAAAGAAGCAAAAGAAUGGAUGAAAGAUGCAUCAGCUUCAUGUACCGUGGUAGCAGCACUGAUAGUGACAAUGGCGUUUGCAGGCGCCUUCACAGUCCCAGGUGGAAACAAAGACGAUGGCAAACCUCUAUUCGUAGACAAAGCAACCUUUAUGCUUUUCAUCGUAUCAGAUGCCAUUGCCUUAUUUUCUUCAACUGCUUCUGUGUUAAUGUUCUUAGGGAUACUUAUGGCACGAUUUGCAGAAGAUGACUUCCUUUAUGCGUUACCAAAGAGAAUGACGAUUGGACUUGUCUCCUUAUUCACGUCAUUAGCAGCUACUAUGAUCGCAUUCAGUGCGACUCUUGGACUUGUGCUCGAGGAUAAAGUGCCAUGGAUUGCAGCUCCGCUUGUUGUAAUUGCGUGUAUUCCAAUCGGUUUGUUUGGUUGGCUGCAAUUUCCUCUGCUCAUAGAACUAGUUUAUUCCACAUAUGGACCAAGUAUUUUCAGUCAACCAAAAUCUGAUAAGUAG